AGGCGCACACUGUGUGCGCAAAACCAAACUGUUUUUGUAAGAUCUGAGGAGACCAAAGUUUGCACGUUCUCGUUCAAUGAUUGAAGAAAAUGGGUUUGCAUCUUGAGGUUGGAAAGGCUUUUCUGUAUUUGCUGACACCUGUUGGUAUAUACUGGUAUGUCAACACAAACAAAUCGUAUGAAAUUGCAGAACAAAUAACAGAAAAAUUGAUGGGAGAUGAUUUGAAAAAGAGUUCCUUACCUCAAGGUAAACCAGACAACAGGACUGCACAGGAGAUUCUGGAAGAGUAUUACAACCUAAAGCUUCAGAACAAGUUGCCUGUAGAAGAUGAAGGACCUACAUUUGGUCAAAGAUUAAAAGAGUGUGUAGAGUUGGUUAACCCCUUUGCAAAGAGAAAAUAAAAUGAAAAGUUCAGUAUUACAGCAUGUUAUGUCAAAAACAUUUUAUUUCUGUUGGUGCAUGUGGUGGGUAUGUACCAAAAAUGAAAAAGUAAGAAGUUCAAACUGAAUGCAGCUGAAUAAGUUUAUUAGAAAUGAACUUUUUGAACUGUCAGCUUUCUUUUACUUAUCAAUUGCUAUUAAUACAGAAAACUGUGUUCAUAUAUUUUAUAUAUUACUUGGUUAGAAAGGAACCAAGAUCAGGACAGCUACUCAGCAUGUGUACAAUUAAAUAAAUUGAUAGUAAUGAAAAAGGCCUUGGGACAUUCAAGUGGAAAACAUUAUGGUGAAAAGUGUAAAAAAGUGGUCAGAAAUAAAUUGAGAAAUGCUGGCUGAAUUGUUAAAAAGAUAUUGUUUAAACAUUUGCGAAGAAAAAUGUAAAUAAAUUAUGGUGUUUUUCAAUAGGA